UCACAGAGAUUGAACUUUCGCUUCUUCUCCAAAACACUACGUACUUUCUCCCAAGCCCAACCAUGGCCAAAACCCUCUCGAAACCCACAUCCAUUUUAUUCAUGCUCUUCACCAUUUUCUUCUUCUCAACCUAUGUCACCGCAGAUGAAGCACCUGUUUUCUCUAAAAAUUUACCUCCUUCAUCACUUGGACUUAAUCAACAGAAGCUAAGCCACCUCCACUUCUACUUCCAUGACAUUGUCAGUGGCCCCAAACCUACUGCUGUGCGAGUUGCACAAGCUGCCACAACAAACAAAUCCGCAACGGGGUUCGGAGCUGUGGCGGUGAUCGAUGACCCGCUGACUCUCCUCCCAGAAAAUACCUCAAAAGUUGUUGGACAAGCACAAGGAAUUUAUACCUUGGCGUCGCAGAGUGAAGCAGCAUUGCUAAUGGUGUUGAACUUAGCUUUCACAGAGGGAGAGUAUAAUGGUAGCACUCUUAGUGUGUUAGGGAGAAACACUGUAUUCUCGACCGUCAGGGAGAUGCCGAUCGUUGGUGGGAGUGGUGUUUUCCGGUUUGCUCGUGGGUAUGCUCAGGCCAAGACUUACACGUUUGAUAACAAAUCUGGGGAUGCUGUUGUGGAGUACAAUGUCUAUGUCUUACAUUAUUGAUUUGAGCCUGAACAUGUUUGUUGAGCCAUUCACAUGCUACUUGGCUAUUCAUAAUUUUUUUUUUGUUUUUGUUUUUUUCUUUCUUUCUUUUUUUAUGUGAAGAAUAAAAUA